UAUAUUGAUAUAGAAAGUGCACAAGCAAAGCAUAUAAAGUGUUACACUGUAUAAAGUUAACUUAAUUCAAACGUGUCUACGUUUAUAAAUGAAUAAUCGUUACUGAUAACCGUCUCAGAGCAAGUUAAACGUUUCAUAAACUGGUCUCUUAUAUAUCUUGUUGGAAAAGUUAUUUUCAUUGUACGAGUUUACGACCUUAUCUUUAAAACGCAACAGGUCACACAGGAUUCAAUAUAGUUUGCGGUUAUUUAUAUAAACCAGGAAGUUUAUUGUAUGUUUUGAAUCAUGGACACAGAAUGUGCAAUCGAACGUGUUUUCGCUACCAUAGAGAUGAAAAAAGUAGCAAGUCUUGAUGAUGUUUGCAUUAACAACGCAGAAGCAGAGGUAACCUUAUUAAGAAAUGAGAAACUAAACUCUAACGCAGAGAAAACUUUUAAGAUCGUCGAUGAGAUUGUAAAGAAAGUUUCUCAACGUGAGUAUAAUUUAGCCAAGGAAAAAUACACCAAAGAGAUACAUUUAAAAAGAGACUUUGCUAAGCUGCUCAAGAAAUAUUUAGUAAAGAAUAACAACAAAGGCGGUGCCGCUGAACAUCAGUUACGUGAGGAACCAGAGCCCGAUUAUGAUCAACCACCAAACAAUAAUGAAAGAAGUUUACAAAGUGAUGGCCAACAAAGUAGCAGAAAUAUUCAGGAUCAUGCAAAAAUAAACGCAGCAGCAGCUGAAGAAUAUGAUAGACAGAGAGGACAGAAAGCUAGCCAGGCGAUGAGGCACAACAACCCGGAUAUAGCGGAUCUAAGUGAUCAUAACAGACCAACCAAAAUUGCUGAACGCUACACACAAUUCUAUGACAACGAAUGGACAACAGCUUUUGAAAUAUUAAGUGAGAAAAAGAAAACUGAAGAAAAGAAAAUAACACAACUUCUUUUGGAAAUAAUUGAAGAGGCAUACAUUUUCACAAAGAAAGAGGCUGAGAAACAGAUACUUAAGAUGAACUCGACCAUUAUGAAUAUUUUGGAAAGUGGAGAUACGAAAGGGAAACCCUCAGUAAAAGACAUGCAAAAUGACGUAAGCUUGUUAGUCCAGUUUCGCAAACAGCAUGCAGAAAGGUCCAUAAAAAGAUUACAGGCAAACUUUGCUGUCGAGGUAAGAAAGAUGUGUACCAAAGUUGUAAGUGGGAAGCCGCCUACAGAUAAGAGUGUAAUGAUAACAUAUGGUAACAAAGCUGUAGAACUUACAUGGUGGAUGUGUGUACAAGAUCCCCCUGUUUACAUGGUAACAUCUCGAGACAAAUUCAACCCCGAUUUCUACAGGGCUUAUACCAAAUCAGGAACUAUCCCAGACUUUUAUGUCUGGCCGCCAUUGAAGCUGCAUAAAAGUGGUGGUAUAUUGGCAAAGGGUGUUGUACAGUACAAAUGACUACUUACAUUUAUAUAUUUACUCGACUUGUUCUGUAAUUAUCAUUUGAUUUACAUGAGUCAUCUGAGCCAAUCAUCAACACCAGGAAUCAACUUCGAUUACUACUCGUAUACUUUUAUUUGACUAUUGUUCGACUUUUUGGGGUCAGGCAGAUGAAAUGAUUUAGGAAUGAAAUUACUUUUUGUCAGGUCUUAAUAUAAUUUUUCUAUGAUCAUUGUUUAAGUACUAUGUAUACUGCAUAAAUAAAAGAAUAUUUAUCUUUGACAAAACAAAUAAAAACCAGAAAAUACAUGAAUAAUUUUCAAAAAAUAAAUUAAGGUUAGGAUGAAACAGUGGCGCACAAUAUCAAUACUUUAUAAAAAAAAGAUAUCAUCAUUUCCAUUAUUAUUACUAUUAAUUAUUAUUUCAAAAUUUCUGUAGAAUUACUAACGACUAUAUCUGAUCAUCUUACGUA